UUGGCUCUGUACAUCUUCGCCUCGCAGGCGAGGUUCGGAGAAAUUACUAGAGAGGAACAAACUCUGCCUCAGACCCACCUACUUUAAAGGGUCAAGUGCUUUGCCUGUGUGUUCUUGAAGCUGCGUGAUGAUGGAAUGGAUAAUUCCCCGUCCGCCUGCGCCCACCUUGUCGUUUGAGUGCAAUCUGGAUACCAGGUACCACCUGUGAAAGAAGCCACAGCGGAAGAGGCAGCGAGUUGGAAUGAAGAUGCGAGCCCAGCACUGGUGCGUUGUCCUGCUCCUUCAUCGCAGCCUGCACCUGGUUGCAUUUACACUUGGGAAUACAUCCAAUGAUGCUGAAGAUGCAAAGUCCAUUGCCUCUAAAAGUACACAAAAGCAUACGUUAAUCAAGAGCAACAGAAUGUCUGCCCUCAGUCAGUGGGUCAUGCAUGUACUACCAAGCACGGGGAACUCCACAAUUCUGCGAUUCCCUCUCUCUUCACCAGUCUCCUACUCCAAGCAGGAUAUUUGGGCUUGGCUGGGAAAUAUUUCUGAUCAACAUGAAGACCCCAAUUCCAGAGUCAAGAGGAGACCAAUUGUUAAAACUGGGAAAUUUAAGAAAAUGUUUGGAUGGGGUGAUUUUUAUUCAAACAUCAAAACUGUGAAGUUAAACCUCCUCAUCACAGGGAAAAUCGUAGACCAUGGAAAUGGUACAUUUAGUGUGUAUUUCCGCCAUAAUUCUACUGGCCAGGGAAACAUAUCAGUUAGCCUUGUGCCACCCACAAAAGCUGUUGAAUUUGACCUGGCUCAACAAACAGCGAUUGAUGCCAAAGAUUCUAAAAUAUUUAACUGCCGCAUUGAAUAUGAAAAGAUUGACAGAGCAAAGAAGACUGCGCUGUGUAAUUAUGACCCAUCCAAAACUUGCUACCAGGAACAGACCCAAAGCCACGUGUCCUGGAUUUGUUCCAAGCCCUUUAAAGUCAUAUGUAUCUAUAUUUCAUUUUACAGCAUGGAUUACAGGCUGGUACAGAAAGUGUGUCCUGACUAUAAUUACCACAGUGACACUCCCUACUUUCCCUCUGGUUGA